UGACAUGAAGUCAUUGUGACGGUUCAGAAAUUCAAAGAGCUCCGUUACGAGACUUUUCUUAAAUCACAGUGACCACACGGAGUGGAAGUAAACAACCUGAACAAUCGAUGCAGCCACGGCGGAUUGGAAACGGAGUAUGCAAUUAGACCAACUCAGGAGACGAUGUGUUGUCCUCGGGCUAAGCACGAUGCCUCGUACAAGAGACGGAGCUGCUCACAUGAUAGUGCUGUGACUGUCUUCUGAGGCUAUGGGGUGUGUUGUGAGUGUGUUUUUGAAUUCGAUGACCAAGUGAAUGUCUCACUGCUCUCAUUGUCCUUCCAUGAAGCACCGGAGCUCGGGCUGCCCCCAUCCGCCUGAGCUUCUUAGCACCGGGACAGACUGUGGCCAGUGAUCGAGAGGUUUAAACUCAACCUCAACUGGACGUGGAGCCACUGCGGUUUGGUACUGGAAACUGGGAAGCUGAGAAUUAGGUAGUGUCUUUUGGGAUUAGUGACUUUUUUUUAUUCACCAGGAGUUCCUUUUCUGAGUUGAUUAAUUAUAGGGGACGAUGUAAAAGUUAUUAAAGCUGCUUUUUCUUACUGUGCCACACCUUAUUUUUCUUUAGAUGUUAUUUUAGGAAGUGAAUAAGCUCCCACUUCUUUAAGGAAUCUCAGACUCAGCAUCAGGAACUCUGUGGAUCUAAAGCAAAAACAUAUCAAGCCAGAGUGACUCAGCACUGGAGUCUCCUUCACUGUUGCUGUGCCCCUCGACAUCCCUCUGGAUUUAUCUGACACAGUGAAGACCUGCUUUUACUCGGCGACUCUACGCUUCAUAGAUGGGCGCAGCCUUCAACAAGUUCUGCAUGCAGUUCUGCUGCUGCUGCUGCUGCACUGACGACGAAGACGACGAUGACGAGAAGCAGCCUUUACUACCUCCGGAUCCACUGGAGUAUCUGAACCGUGAGGUCCAGAAGCGGCGUGAAGAGGAAGCCAACCUGUGGAGUGAACCGGCAGACAGCAGCCACACAGAGAGACAAGACGACCUGGUCCUCUUCACCCUGCUGCAGGCCAGGACCAAGACCCGCAUGGGAUCCACGGGCUAUCGUCGCCUGAGUGUCGACAUCGAGGCCAUGAGAGACACUCGCCGAGAAGUCCGAGAAAAGUGGAAGACAAUUCUGGAGAACUUGGGUUUCAUGGCGGAGGCGGACUCUCUGCUGACUUUGUCCGCCGGUGCCUCACAGGACCGCAUGCGCAAUGCGGCAGAGUCACGUGCCCUUCUUCAUACGCUCCACUCAGAGACGUCCAUCUUCAACAGCGGAGAACCACCACCAGAGAGAUAUCUGUUCAUCCUGGAUCGUCUCCUGUAUCUAGACAUAGCUGAUGAUUUCGUAGCAAAGGCAAAGCGCUUCUUCCCGCCCAGGGAGGAUACUGAUGACGACACGCCGAGCCUCGGCAUAAACCUGCCGCUGCUGCUGGCAAAGGUAGAGGCCCUGGACGGAGCGGGCGAGGAAGAGAGCGACGGAGAAGCUGGAAACUUGAGCGACAGAUCCUGAGCUGCAAUAAUAACGGACACAAGGCAGGGGGCAGUAGUCAUCAACCCUUGAGACCUGCAUGAAUUUUAUGGCUCCCAUCUUCCAAGUGUCAUUUGCCUCAUACCUUGUUGCUGUUGUUGCUUCUAGGAUGCUUUAAGCUGAAGUUUUUCCUCCUCUCUCACCCAGCUGCACAACAUGAGUGUCGUUCUCUGGUCACAAUCUAAAAGGGUUCAGUCAUUUACAGGUGAAUGUUCUUCACUGCGUGUGUGUGUGUGUGUGUGUUUGUUUCUGUCCAGAGUUUAUCAACCUUUUUUUUUUUUGCCUGUUUACUGUUCAGCUGUUGUUAACCUUCAGGGUAGCGAUGUUCCUUUAGGCAGAAACUCAUUAUUUUUUGUCCUGUGAUUAUCAGCACCCAUUUCAUCCAAACACAUGAAUGCAGCCGAGAAAAUAGGCCCGGAUCAGUAAUACUUAGCAAUGUUGACAGUAGGUUGAACUUUUAAGACGAUGAUGCUGUGUGUGUGUGUGUGUGUGUGUGUGUGUGUGGCGCCCUGCAGCAGUUUGCUGAACAUGGGAAUAGUGUAUGUGAAGUUUACGAUGAAAUAAAGUUGCAG